AUGUUUCUCGUUAAACAAAAUUUCGCUUCAGUCACAGAAGAAACUAUUAACGCGCAAAUUAAUACUGAGCUUGAAGCGGCCCAAACCUAUCUUUCUCUAGCCGCCUGGGCAGGAAACGUCAGUGUCGCGUUACCAGGCCUAACCAAAUUCUUUCAUGAAAGUGCUCAAGAAGAACGUACACAUGCUGACAAACUAAUCAAUUAUCAAAACCUUCGUGGUGGAAAAGUUGUUCUCACCGAUUUAAAAGCACCAGAAUCCAAUUGGACAUCGGCCAAAAAUGCACUAGAAGCGGUGCUUCAACUCGAAAAAGAUGUCAACAAAUCUCUUUUGAAUCUGCAUAAAAUCGCUGAGGAACGGAAUGAUCCACAGUUGUGUGAUUUUAUUGAGUCAGAGUUUUUGGGCGAGCAAGUUGAUGCUGUUAAGAAAAUUGCAGAUUAUGUGACUCAAUUGAAUCGUGUUGGUGGGGAUGGACUUG